UUCGGAUUUAGUUGAGCUCCAAUAUAGCUACUGAACAUCAGAUGAGAAACCAAAAAAAUAAAAAUUCCCACACCACGUGGAUAGGUGACAAAUUGCCUGAAUGUCUCAUUCACAAAAUAUUUUCCUGCCUUAGUUAUGAAGAAGCAGCCAAUUCAAGCCUUUUGUCUAAAACAUGGCUAGAAGCAUGGUCCACUCAACCCAAUUUGAAGUUCAAAGUUGAGUAUGGCAAAGGCAAUAAUAAUAAUAGAAAAAGAAUGGACAAAAUUAUGGAGAGAUAUAGGGAAAGAAAAUCUCCUAUAGACAAGUUUGCACUUUAUAUAUCAUCAUCUACUUAUCAUCAUGUUCUUGCUUUUCCUCGAAUUGAUAAGUGGCUUGACAUUGCUCUUCAGAAUGGUGUAAAAGACGUGGUGUGCAAGGUUUCUGUCCCCUCAUACCCUUUCCCUAUUUCCACAUUCUUGGCAUCGAAAUCUUUAAGAGAAUUGGUUCUGACGGGUUGUGAUAUAAUGAGUCUUUCGUUAUCUACUAGUACUAGUGAUCAACUUGUGAAAUGUCAUUCUUUGAGAAGGCUUUCUUUGUGUGAUGUUCGUUUAGACGACAACAUCCUUCAAACUCUGGUUAAUUGUUGUCCCUUGCUUGUCGAUUUGAAGAUUCAGAAUUGUUCUUUAUUGACAAAGAUUGAGUUGAGGAAUCUUGAAAAUAUCAAGUCAGUUUAUAUUACAACAAGUUAUAUUGAUCAUAUAUCGAGUGUUGAAAUUCAAGCACCAACUCUAGAGCACUUAUCAUAUUUUGGGAGUUGUAUUGCAUUUGAUAUUAUUGAAUGUCAGAAUCUAAAAUCUUUAGAACUAUCAGAUAUGGCAAUAUCUGAAGGAUUUCUCGAGUGCCUUAUUUCUACAUCCCAAAACCUUGAGAGAUUGAUAUUAUAUUUCGUUUCUGGAGAGUUGCAUGAAAGAUUUAACAUUUGCAGGAGUCAAUCCCUAAAGGUUUUGGCGAUUCAAGAUUGUGAGGACAUAGGGGAGAUUGAUGCUUCGAAUUUGGUAUCACUAGAAAUUGUGGGAAGUGAAAUUCCUGAGCUUAACAUUGCAAAAGUGUCAAAUCAAUUGAAAAACUCGCAAAUAGAUCUUAGAUGUUACAAUAAUUUAAUUAACGCAGAAUGGUUUUGUAAGCUGAGGAUAUUCCUAUCAAACUUGACCACUUGGUCUCAAGUUUCCCUUCAUUUCGAUGACUGCAAUGAGAUCAACAUGAAAGAUUUGCAAUUGCACCAUAGCAUUGCUAUCCCUCAAGUGUUUGUUUUAAACGUAGAUAUGAGAUUUAUCAAUGAUGUAAAGUCGUGCCCAAAUUUUGUGGAUGCUUUACUAUGGAGUUGUCAUCCUAGGAGACUUAACUUAUUCUCAACGAUUGAAACGAUUACAUGCUUCAUGGAUCGUUUAAUGUACAUGAAGAACUCGAGUCAUUCUACUUAUGAUGGAAGCGCGCUUUGUCAUAGUCAAUUAAAAGAAGUAAAAGCCUACAAAUUUAUCUCGGAACAUGAGCAUGUAGAAGUCGAUAGACAAGAAUUGGCAAUGAUGACCCAAAUUGAGAUGGAUGCAAUUUUUUUUCUAUUAGAUAGGUGA